AUGUCCGUCUCUUUGUGCGUUUUGAGAGUGGAAAUCGACGAAGACCUUCCAGAAAUGGGUGAUAAUCCUUCUGAAAUCGAAGCAGCCAGAGAACAGAAAAAACGUGACCGUGGAGAGCGUGAGAUGAAAACAAUAACCGUGGAGACAUAUGCUAGCGUGCUGGCUGGUGUCAACAAUGAGACGGGAAUUCUGCCUACCAGCUCCCGCCGUCCGACUGAAAACAGCGUCUCUGAAGAUAUGGAGACCAUCAGUUUCUUUUUUGGCAAUCCUCUUGUGGAAGUAACGAAAGGAGUUCUUCACCUAUAUAAAGAAAAUGAAUUGAAAGAAGCAGAAGAGGCCAAAACCCUGUGUCUCUUGGCUGUGCCUGGAGCACUUGGAGCUCCAGACUUGUUGGCGUUUGCAGCAGCAUGCCAACAAGAUAUUGCUCAUGUUAGGGUCCUUCGUGAUGGCUCACCAGAUCAUUACAUGGCAUUGUUAACUUUCCGCACAUCGCAAGCGGCACGCGAGUUCCACGCGGCGUUCGAUGGAGUGCCGUACAGUAGCCUGGAGCCGAGUGCGUUGUGUCACACGGCGUGGGUGUCGCGGGUGGAGUGGGCGCGGCACGGGACUCCGCCCCCGUCGCACACAGAGCUGCCUACGUGUCCCGUGUGUUUAGAGCGCAUGGACGAGAGCGUCGCAGGCAUACUGAGCGUGCAGUGCGCGCACGCGUUCCACUCCGCGUGCCUCGUGCGCUGGCGCGACGCGCGCUGCCCCGUCUGUCGGUGCGCGCAGACUCCCGAGCCCAGGCAGGGCGCGCGCUGUGCGCACUGUCGCCAGGAAGAAGAAGGCGAAGAAGACGGGGAGGGAGAGGAGACCCGAGACAACAUCAGUGGCGUAGCAGAAGGUCUCUUAGACGAGGUGGAAGCGGGAACGCUGUGGAUCUGUCUCAUCUGUGGACACGUCGGAUGCGGCAGAUACGAAGGCGGUCAUGCAGCGAAGCACUUCAUGGCUUCAAACCACACGUACGCGCUGCAACUGGGCUCCAACCGUGUUUGGGAUUAUGCAGGUGACAACUUCGUGCAUCGUUUAGUGCAGAACAAAGCGGACGGCAAACUGGUAGCUGCCGAGGGGGUGCCGGGGGGAGACAAAUUGGAGGCGGCACAACUAGAGUUCACAUACGUGCUCACCUCGCAGCUCGACGCGCAGCGGGACCACUACGAGCGCCGGCUCGCGCAGAUAGAAUGCGAUCACGCGGAAGAAUGCGAGCGGCUCCGUUCGCGUGCGAGCGAGGCAGAAACUGAAGCGGCCAGUCUGAAGGAACAGGUGACGGCGCUCAGCAAGCAGAACAAGGCGGGAGACAGGAAGCUGCAGCAGAUCACCAACAAGGUGCAGUCAUUACAGUGCGAAUUAUCGGAGGAGCGCGGUUUGGCCACAGCACUGGCAGCCACACACGCCGAGUGGCAGGCCACAGCUAAAAGGACGGAGCAAAACUUCCUGGCACAGGUGGCCGACUUAAAAGAGCAACUUCGCGACGUGAUGUUCUUCGUAGAAGCUCGGGGACAGUUAGCAGCUUCCGACACCGCUCCAGAAGAAUUACAAUCCGCACAAGUGUCCGUAGGAGCUCCAGCCCCUGCUAGACGCCAUAGACGGGGCAAUAAGCAUGAACGAACAUGAACUAUUCAAUACUCAAGCCUAUUAAAAUAACCUUUUCAACACGUUUACUCAAAAAAAUGCAUUCACUGAGAUUGUAUACAUUAUAGCUAUUAACGGGAUGAUUGUUACCAUGUACCAUAUUUUUUGGAGUUUACUCCCUAAGAAUUGAUUUGCAUAUAUAAGGG